UAUUAAAACAGAACAAUAUCCAAAAGUCGACACCGAAUUAUUGAAGUAAACCGAAAUUACCUGAUUUUUUAACCAAACUAAACUAAAAUGUAACUUAUAUAAAUAUUCAAUCCAGUUUGAUAGAGUAUUUAACAACCAAACCGAAUUAAACCUUUUUUUACUCCGUCCAAUUCUACAAUAUCUUAUGCCAACCGAACUAAUCAAAAACCAAAUAUAUUCGAACCAAACUAACCAAAUAAAACCGAACUUGGUUAACCAGCAGCAAAUGAAAGGCCGAAUAAAAGAGUAAGGCCCAAAAAAAGCCCAUAAGAUGGGUCCCUUCUUCACUCUUUCUCCUUCGUAGUUACAAGCUUCAGCUUCUCUCUUCUUCUUCUUCUGCGAAUCCAAAAUGGAGCCAUCACUAAAACCCAAUCCUUUCCUCUCUUUCUCCUCUUUCCUCCACACCCACUGUAACCGCUUCGCCUCCGACCUCUCCGCCCGAUUCGAAGACACCAAACGCUUCGCCGAAUCCCUAACCACUCGACGUUUCUCUCCUCCGCCCUUCGCCUCCGUCUCUCAGUCCCCCAAGCCUUCUUCCGCUGGAACCUCUACUGCUACUUUGAACCCAUCUCACGUCGCUAAAGCUCUCGCUGGCACGUCGGUCUUCACGGUCAGCAACACCAAUAACGAGUUCGUUCUCAUCUCGGACCCUACCGGCGAAAAGUCUAUCGGUUUGCUCUGUUUCCGACAAGAGGACGCCGAAGCUUUUCUCGCUCAGGCGCGCCUCCGGAGAAGAGAGUUGAAAGCCAAUGCUAAGGUUGUUCCCAUCAAUCUGGACCAGGUGUACUUGUUAAAAGUUGAGGGGAUUUCUUUUCGCUUCUUGCCAGACCCAAUCCAAAUAAAGAACGCUAUGGAGCUCAAAUCUUCGAGUAGUAAGAAUGGGUUUGAUGGAGUUCCGGUAUUCCAGUCUGAGCUUCUUGUUGUGAGGAAAAAGAAUAAACGUUACUGCCCUGUAUAUUUCAGUAAGGAAGAUAUAGAGAAGGAACUUUCAAAGUAUACAAGAGCGUCAAGAGCAGAUCAACAAAUUAUGGUUGGGAGUUUGGAAGAUGUCUUGAGGAAAAUGGAGAGGAGCGAGAAGAAUUCAGGUUGGGAAGAUGUAAUAUUCAUUCCACCAGGAAGAAGUUAUGCACAACACAUGCAGGAGGUGAUCAAAGAGUAAACAAAGAUGAGAGACACUGUAUGUAGUUUUCAUUUGAUAAAAUAAAAACAACUUGUCUUGAGAUUUUGCAAUAUUAUCAUUGCCCAAAGAGCUCAACGCACUUUCAGUUA